AUGGUUUCCACUUCUAUUGAAACGCGGCUGUUCAUAAACGGCAAGUUCCGACCGUCCUCUAACAAUGAGACAUUUGAUCUUCUUUCUGCAAAGUCUGAUUCAUUACUAGCAAAAGUAUAUGAAGCGACCAAGGAAGAUGUAGACGACGCUGUAGCGGCUGCCAAAGCUGCCUUCCCAGCGUGGGCCAGUCUUUCACCGUACGAAAGAGGCAGAUAUCUCGUGCGGCUCGCCGACCUCAUCGUGGAGGCUAAUGCAGAUCUAGCGCAUCUGGAGGCUGAGUCCAUGGGUAGACCUGUAUCAACGUACUUCGAUGCGACCGUGGGUGCCAAGUACUUCCGCUAUUUCUCUGAGGCAGCAUAUCCUCAAGGAGGUUCAAGCUUGAAUACUCCGGGGUUUGUAAACAUUACUUUGAAGCAGCCGGUAGGUGUCGUUGCGGCGAUUAUUCCUUGGAAUGCACCUCUCGUCUUCUUUUGUAAAAAGCUGGCACCAGCAUUAGCCGCCGGCAAUGCUGUCGUUCUCAAGAGUAGUGAGAAAGCGCCGUUGACGUCUCUGUACGUCGCUAUGCUCGCCCAAAAAGCCGGCUUCCCCCCUGGCGUCCUCAACGUUCUCUCUGGCCACGGCCCCGUCUCCGGCGCGGCGCUCGCUUCGCAUAUGGACAUCCGGGCCUUGACAUUCACCGGAUCCAACCGCACGGGAAAACUAAUCGCCAAGAUGGCCGCCGAUUCCAACAUGAAGAACUUGAUCUUUGAACUCGGGGGCAAGUCACCCGCCAUCAUUUUUGACGACGCCGAUAUUGAUGCCGCGGUACGAGAGACUCAGUUCAGCAUCCAGCUCAUUAGCGGACAGACCUGCAUGGCAAAUUCGCGCAUCUAUGUGCAGCGCUCUAUCGCUGAAUCGUUUGUCGAGAAGUUUAAGGCUGCCUUCACGUCCGCUCGACUGGGUGAUCCGACCGACCCCCAAGUCAACCAUGGGCCACAGGCGGAUAAGAUUCAGCACGCCACAGUACUGCGGUAUAUCGAGCUGGGCAAGAAGACGGGCAAGUUGAUAACCGACGAGCAGUCCGCUUCGGGCUUAUACAUCAACCCUACGAUAUUCAGAGAUGUCCCAGAGGAUGCCCAGAUCAUGAAGGAGGAGAUCUUUGGGCCGGUGGUGAUCAUAAACACAUUUGACACAGAAGCGGAAGCAGUGACAAACGCGAACAAUACCGAGCAUGGCCUGUACGCAUCGGUGUAUACGAAGGAUCUGGAUCGAGCGAUGAGAGUUGCCUCGAGGCUGGAAGCAGGAACAGUAGGUGUUAACUGCACAAGUCCGACGAAGGGCGACGACAUGCCAUUUGGUGGGCAAAAGGGGAGUGGAGUGCAAAGGGAGAGUUAUAUCCAUAGUAUUGAGACAUUUAUGGAGACGAAGUCAGUUUUGAUCAAGGUGUCAGGACUAUGA